GUCUCAACCCAAUUCACAUGGGGAGAUAGAUUGUUGAAGCUAUCAUUCACUUUUCACCUUAUAAUUUUCAAUUUUCAAUUUUGGUAUCUUCUUGUCUGCGUGCCGAUUGGUUACAACUUCUUCGAGGAAAAGCAGGCAAAUGCACAUACUUUUAUUCUCGAAGCGAGUCAAAAUUUACUGGUCUGGUCUUGAUUUGGUAGUGAAACGAGCAAGAAAGACUCUUACAACCGACUGAUAAAUUCAAUCAAUCAACCUCGAGUUCGAUCUCGUUACAUCCGUCUCAAGAACUUCAUUCCAUUGCAAAACUUCAAUAUCAAGCACUUACAAGGGUUGGUGGUGAAUUGUUCUCUCAUUCAAAUUGAAAAUUGCUCAAAGUGUUUGUUGGAGCUUCUUGGUCUUCCCCAACACAAUCAUGGCAGCAACCAGAUCAACCAAUACUACAACAAGAUCCUCGAAGUUGCCAGUAAGACGCACUUCAGCAUCUACAGCCAGCAUUAUCUCCUCAAUGACGACUACAAUGCCCACCAACACAAAUCGGCACUCUUUACCUGCUUUGGCAGAGAGUACCAGGCGCGCUGCACAAGUUACGAGAAAUGUACAAUGUACGCAUUUGACUACUACACGACUCUUCACAAAAGAGUUUCGAUGUGGAAUUUGUUUUCGAGAAGGUUCCUUUGGAUGGGUCUGGAGAUGUACUCAAGAUCGUGAACUUAUGUUAGAGGAUGAUUUGGAUCAUGGACACGCAAGUCAAGAGAAACUCGAUGAUCUCUGUGAUAUUUUCCCAAGACCAACUUCUCCUCGACCACGUGGACCAGAGGCGCGUAGAUCAAGAUUCAGUUUCCUCGACGAAAUCAACAGCAAAGACCUCAAAGCUUAUUCGCCCUCACAAAUCCAGUUAAUCCUCAAACAACGUGGUCAUCUCCACGAUGUACUUGCCGAUUGUGAGGAGCCUGAUCUUACACCAUCAAACUCUUCCAGCAAUAUCCCACGAUUUUUGUUCAAUCCUUUCUCCCGCACAUCUCCAGCUACCUCUCAAACAGUUCCGAAUUUGAGAAUGACCAAUCCACGCCCGUGGUUGCCAUCAAGAGGUACAGAGUGUCAAUUCAAAUGCUGUCAUACUUGCCGACCCACACUCCUUGAUCGCAGCUAUCUCAGUCUCAAUGCCAUUGCAAAUGAUGACUUGCCCUGUACCGCCACCACUGGAUUUGGAUUCAAUUUACAAAAGUUUAGACCAGUGGGCAAUGCUGAGGUCGUUAAAAAUUUGGGACUGAGACCAAAUCCAGUUCCUGCUGAACCAAAUAGACCACGAUCCCGAAACUUGCGAUAUCAACGUCGAGCAACUGAUCUUGGUCUUGGUGUUUUAACUGAUCGAUCGACUAUCACGUCUAACUCCAACAACAUGAACACCAAUUCUUCACCUCCUCCAACAAAUUCCUGUAACGCAGUAACACAAUUUUCUACGCCUUACUCUCGAUCUGAUUUCUUCUCCGAGCCUCCUUCCUCUACCACCGGAUCAUUCCCAUCAUCUUCUUCCGACAGCACUUCAACAUCUGAUGGAUCCAACUCUUAUCCUUUCCCUUACGUUGGGAGAUUAGCCCCUGUCUACAACCAAAACAAUAAUACCAGUUCAUUCAGAACAGUGAGCUCCAGCAUUGUUCAAAACCAUGCAGUACUCAUCCCCCUUCCUCCACAAAAUCCAUCCGAAGUCUCACUUUUAGUUACACCUACCACACCAACUUUAAUGGAAGAAACCGAGUCUGAUGGUCAUUUCUUUGGCGCGGAACCAUUGGAGGUAGAAGAUGGAGUCGCGGUCAUGGAGGAGGGUGUUGGUCUACAUGUUCCAGAUGUUUUAAUUACACAAUAUUAAAACGAAGAUCUGGAGAAGUAGAUUCAGGGAGAUGAUGGUGGAAGUGAUAAUUUAGUUGGAUGGACAACGAAAAUAGGGAUCUCGAUUUGGGGUUCCUACAAUACGUAUAGGACGAAUAACACAGAGAAAUAAAGAUGACUGGCUAUGGUGUGGGCUCCAUUGCACUGACUUGCAAUUGCACUAUCAAAAAGCGAAUUAGAUUUCUGUUAUGAAAUUGAGUUUGUUGUAUGCAAUGGAUUACGACAGCGAUGAACGGUGCAGAGACUUGUAUGGAGUAUAAUAUGGGACUGGAUCCUUACACUACAAGACGAAUUUGAUAUGACAUGAUACGAAAAGGAUAUAUCGGUCGAUGACACGAAGGAUAUAGGUGAAGCUUUCAAGGAGUAUAAUGACAGGGUGGAUAAGAAAGUGUAUAGCGAAGGACAUUGCAGGAAGAAAUUGAGAUAUCUCGGGAUCCUAGGGGUAAUCACAAUCCAUAUGCUGCGAGCAGAAAUGGUAUUUGGUAUGGACAUGUCUAUCUCACAGGUCAAAAUGCCCGUUCAGAGUUCAACAGUAUCUACUCUCAAACUCUUACAAUUAGCUGGCUAGCUCAAUACACAGGUAGAUAGAUAGAUGUCAUUUUGUCUAUUAGAUAGCGGAAAUAGAAGAUAUUCUACGAAAGAAA